UUUUUUUUUCUUUUUUUUUUUUCACUCUUUUUUUUUUUCCACUUUUUUUUUCUCUUUUUUUUUUUUUUUUCCUCUCCUUCAGUCUGCUUUGUGUCGGUCCCCGCCAGACCCAUCCUCGGGUCCCCGCCAGACCCAUCCUCGUUUAAUUACCUUUCCUUGCAUCAGAGCGAAAUUCUGAUUGGAUGUCAGGCAACGACAACGUUCUGGCCGCCGCCAUCGUGGCGCUUCCGGGCGGCGAUCCGCUCCGAGCACGUAUCCGCGAGCUUGAAGCUGAACGUGAUGCCCUGAAGCGAGAGCUGGAGGACGCUCGACGCCAGCAUGCAGAAGCCAUCGAUCGACUGGAGCGAGAGCAUGCCGAGAAGAUCAAUGAACUCAACCAGAGUAUCGAGACUCUCCGCAAGGAGCUCAACGAGGUCAACACCAAGUACGACAAGCUUCAAGCCGGCUACGACAAGGUUCAAGCCAGGCUCGACGCGAUGGAAGGCGCUCUCGCACUUGGACAGAUCGUCUACGACCUCGAGGAGAAGAUCGUUCUCUGGGUUCUCGCCAACGACAAGGACAAGAAAAGGCGCUUCCGUCUGAACACGGUGAGGUCCUUGACCGAUCCCUGGGCCCGUACUCGCGUGCCGCAACUGGAAAAGGACGAGCAGCAACGUGCCAACUCUGUUCAGGCCGCACUCACCAGAGUGUUUGGCGACUUUCACGAUGCGUUCAAGGAGGCGAAGAAGGUUCGCUUGGCCACCGCGCAUCCAGUGGCAACAAUGUCGCAGCAGCAACUGGAAGCACUGGCACGCGCACAUCUGAAAGACGAUACUCUUCUGGAAGACAUGCUCAAAAUCAUUGAAUUCUACCAUCUGGAUGUCCCCACCAUCAUUCAGCGAUGCGAGGCGGAGCAGGAUUAUUGGCAAACUGCGUAACCUGAUCGUCAUUGUAUUCAAGUUUUGUAUCGAAUAGAUUAACCAUUUCCAAGUUUAUCCUUGUCCUAUCGAUUGGAAGUCUCCCGUCUUGCGUGCCACACAUCAUUUGCCGAGAUAUUGCUUGAGUCCAUUGUCCAGCCUACUCUCCACCGUCUUAGCUCUCGCCAGCAACGCCCUGUUGUUCGCCCCACUCCCCGACACAAGUCGCAGUGAUUCUGGGAUGCUCGCUGCAGGGACUUUUGCAGCUUCCCUCGCAUCCGCACGAAAAUCAGCCAGCGACCGUUGAUUGGAUCGGCUGAAUCCGCCAGCAACGUACAAAUCGCUCAUCCUCGCGAACGCGUCCUUCAUC